GACUGGAGGCCAAUGUAAACACCUGCACAUAUAUAAAAAUAUCAAAAUAUUCAGACAAGAAAGACAGCCAACGAAAUCGAAGGAUGUGGGAAAAGCUGGUAAACUGCAUGAAGGGUAAUGGCGGGGCCCAAAAGAAAAGCUGUCAGGUAAUUCAACUGGCCGAUUUGGUGAAACAGGUGCCACCGAACCAGAUGAAGAUGUUCCAAAUGUUUUCCAAGAAGCACGAGGAGUAUAAGGAUCGCGUUCGCAAGUAUCCCGAAUCGAUGCCCACAAUCGACUGGGAUUACUAUCGGCAGAAUGUUCGUGAAGAGUUUGUGGAUUGGGUGAAGGGUUACGAGACGAAGUAUGAUAAGAUGCACUCCCUGUUUGAGAAUCGACACGCAAUGGUGGACCACAAGCGCUAUUUCGACCAAGUGGAUGCCGAGGCGGAGGAGGUUAAGAAGGAAAUCAGUGCCUACAAGGCGGCAUCCAAUGAGAGGAUCAAGAAGCUCAGCGAACAGAUGGAAUUUGCGAAGGGAAUGCACCCAUACAAUAAUAUGACUAUGGAGGAAUUUUGCUUUGCCAGGCCACAUUUGGCACCGGAUUUCAUAAACAAACCCACUUUCUGGCCGCACACUCCCGAAGAGCAAACGCCAGGACCUUCGGAUCCGGCGGCAGCAGCAGCUUUACAUGAAGACCACGAGCCUGAGCCGCCCAAGAAGCCAACUCCAUCUCUGGAUAAGCCUCCAGAAAAGGGUUCUGGAGAUGGAAAAACCGCAACUGCAGUGGCUACAAAGAAACCAGCCGAACCCGUCGUAGACACAACUCAGUUGGCUGAAAAGGCCAGUGGGUUGGCCAAAGAUUUGGUGGCCAAGGCAAUCGUUCUUUUCAACACUCUCAAGGAGAAAUUGUCGGGCUUGGCCAAGAAUGUCCAGAAGAAAGCCGAGGCCGCCAAGGCAGCCCGUGCCGAAGCUGCCGGCAAGUCCAAAACCGAAACCGAAACUUCCACAUCCACAGCCACACCCACAAAGUCACUAGAUAGCAUUAGGGAGCGCGAAUCCGGAUCAAAUAUCUGCAACCAGACCAUUAUUCGCAGUGAAGAAGGAGAAGCCAAUCCGGAAGUGAAGGCCAGACAUGCUAAUCUAUCCAUCGAGGCAGAACCUUGCGAUGCCCAGGAGGAGAGAGCCAGGGAGAUUGCCAGGACACUGGAGCGCAAACGUCAGUUGCAAGAGGCGGAGGAGUGGGGUGGCAGGAAAAAGGAUCCCUGUAAGCCCAAACCGGAUCCCUGCAAAGAGGAAGAAGACGUCUACGAGCCCGAUCCUUGCAAGCAAAAAGAGGAAGAGGACGUCUGCGAGCCCGAUCCUUGCAAGCUUGGAGAAGUCUGCGAACCCGAUCCUUGCAAGCCAGAUCCUUGCAAAACAGAUCUUUGCAAACCAGAUCCUUGCAAGCCAGAUCCUUGCAAGCCAGAUCCUUGUAAGCCAAAAUACGAAGACGUUUGCAAGCCCGAUCCUUGCAAGCCAAAAGAUGAAGAAACCAUCUGCGAGGAUGAGGAAGAUCCCUGCAAGAAAAAACCGAAAGACGAAAACGACUGGGGAUCCGAUAUGGAAUCGGAAAGUGGUUCAGAAAGCUCCAAGGAGCAGGAACAGAUCUUUAUAAACAUAGCCGAAUGCAGCAAGGAACUAGCCAGGAAGGAAGAAAAGAAAUCUGGUGAACCAGGAAAACCCAAGGAAAAGGCUUCCCUAACAGAGACAGUAGAGGGCACUGGUCAAAAACCCAUAAUCGGCUUGCAUCAUUCCGAAUCAAAAGAUGCCAAGAAAGAUCAGAAGGGCAAAAUCGAAGGAGCCAGUGAAGUGGGUCCUGUGUACACAGAUCCCAAGCAAAUUGUAGAAUUGCUCGAGAAGGACAAGGAAGCCAAAGAACUCAAGGAAAGAGAGGAAUCGGCUAAAAUCCAAGAGGCCAAAAAGCCCGCAGAUGGUAAGCCAGUUACUAUAUAUCCUAAGCUGGAGAUAUCAGCCAAACCGAAACCCGAACACACAGACGACAUCAAGGAGUCACCUAAGGAUAUGGCCAAGCAGGUGUUUAAUAUGGCCACAGGAGCUGCUUCUCUUUUGACCGAGGCAGCCAACACACUGGAGGACUUGAAGAAAAAGAAGGAGGAGCGACUGGAGGCCCUGGAACAGGCCUACACAUCCGCUCAAAGGCAGGCCCAAGGAGCACUUGCCGAAGCCUCCAAGGCCGUGGAAGCUGCCAACAAGUUGGCCCAGAGAGCUGCCGAACAAACAGGCGAAAUAAGCAGCCGCGAUCAGGAGGCUUUGGACAUGGCCGAAAAGCAUGCUAUCUUGGCCAAAAUGCUGGCCAGUCGUGCGGUGGCCUUGAAGGACGAGAUCGCCCGUGUCCUUAACGACCUGAAAAAGAAACAAUAAGCCCCAGAACACACACACUUUUUAAACGAUUUUGUACCUCAUUUUGUUAGUUGUUCUUUUUCGUAUUAAAUUUUCUGUUGCAUUUUUCACGUUCAAAA